AUGGGCGCCUCUACUGCAAAUGGCAGCCGUGCGGGCCAUGUUCCCCUUGAGCCAAUUGCCAUUGUAGGAAUGGCCUGUCAUCUUCCUGGUUCUAUUACGUCCCCUUCCGCACUUUGGGACGCCCUGGUCAACAAGACAUCCGUCCAGACACCAACUGUGCCCGAGAGUCGCUUCAACAUCGAUGCCUUCUACCACAGAAACCAGAACAGACCCGGUAGUUUCAAUGUUCGUGGCGGUUACUUCCUUGACGGCAGUCCGCAAGACUUUGAUCCUAGCUUUUUUGGCAUAACGCCGAUUGAGGCAAUGUGGUUGGAUCCGCAGCAACGGCGUAUACUCGAAGUUACGUAUGAAUGCCUCGAAAACGCUGGCUUGAGACUAGAAGAUGUUGCCGGGAAGAAUAUUGGGGUGUUUGUGGGAUCCUUCACCUCAGAUUACCAACAGAUGCUCCAUCGCGAACCGGACUUCCGCCACGAAUAUGCUGCGACAGGAACUGAUCCUGGCAUUCUUAGCGCGAGAGUCUGUAACAUAUUUGAUUUAUGCGGGCCGAGCGCCGUGAUAAAUAGCGCAUGCUCUUCGUCUAUGACUGCCAUCCACCAAGCAUGCCUGGCUCUUCAGACAGGCGAAUGCGACGGCGCAAUCGCGGGAGGCGUGAAUCUAAUCAUUGCAGUAGACCAACACAUGAAUACCGCUAAGAUGGGGAUAUUAUCGCCAACGUCCACCUGUCACACCUUUGAUGCAGCAGCAGACGGGUAUGGCCGUGCCGAAGGAGCUGGCGCCAUAUAUCUACGUAGGCUCAGUGAUGCGGUACGCGAUGGUAAUCCAAUUCGUGCUGUUAUCCGGGGCUCAGCGCUCAAUACAAACGGAAAGGUGAAGAACCAGGGGAUUACCCAUCCAAGUCUAGAGGGACAGGAAAGAGUCCUGCGUGCUGCUUACAAAAGGGCCGGCUUGGACCCAACAGAUACACUUUAUGUCGAGUGCCACGGGACUGGCACGCCAGUUGGCGAUCCCAUAGAAGUCAAAGCCAUCUCUAACGGGAUGAACGAAAGACGGAGUCGCGAGCAGCCUCUGUUGCUGGGAGCAAUAAAAGCCAACAUUGGCCAUAGUGAAGCUGCCAGUGGUAUAUUUGCAGUGAUCAAGGCGGCUCUGAUAUUGGAAUCUGGUGUCAUCCCCGGAGUAGCGGGACUCAAGACACUCAACCCGGCUCGUUCGUACACCAUUCGCUUACAGUAA